UCUCGUAAACAAUCCCCCUCAAUAAACAACGGUGAAUCCUCGGGAUAGACUUGAUUUAGACGACGUGCGAAGCGGUCCUGCGAUACCACCAGAAUGCCAACAUUUCGAGGCUUCCAGCCACCGGCCCUCGUCAACUCGUUUUGCGGACUGCUAGAUAUCAAGUCCGGUGCCAAGAUCAUCCUCCUCUUUGGCGCUCUCAACAAGGUCGCCGGUGUCUAUGGCCUGAUAUCUGCAUUCACGGGAGGGAGCAUCUCCCAAAUGAGCUUUUACAUUUAUUCUUCGGUGACGCUCUAUGUGGUCGUCUGGGGCUUACGAGCAGUGGCAGAUGAAUCCACGCACAAGUGCCUCAAACUCGCCCACCUCUACGCUCUCGACCACAUCAUCCAGACGAUCUAUGCUCUCCGGUUUGCCCGACAUCAGUGGUACGAGAUCCCUCACGAUGGAGCGAGGAGUUUCAACUCUCAAGCGCAAAAGGAUCUUGUGGACCUGGCCAUCUCUCGACACGAGAUCCCGGCCGAGAGACCGUCGAACACGGCAGAGAUUGCGCAUGGAUUGUGGGAGCAGGAAAAGGGGUUCACCGCUUUCGUCCUGAUACUUGCAUGGCUGCUCAAGAUCUACUUCAUCGUGGUCAUCUACUCGUACGCCGCCCAUCUGCGUACAAACACCUACCACUCGCUCCCUCUCUCCUCCUCAUCUUCAAAACCGACCGCUCGAUCGACGACGGACCAAUGGGCCUCGACAGCUCCUGCAGUACCCACAAAGCCUGGUUACCGGGGGUCACUGGAUGACGGUCUGUCAAUUGACGAAGCGUUGAACACGACGGGAUCGAGUGCGGGCUCGGGACGGCCGGACAAGGGGAAACGUCGAGCGAGUGCAAUGCAGGUCAACGCGCAGACAGAGGACGUGUUCAAGUGGGACAGCGAUGAGGAGGAAGGGGAUAGCAAACAGGGAAAGAGGUCGAGCGACAAGUGAUGGGAAAAAGGGGAAAGCAACAAGCAUCGAUCAGUAUCGGUGGGAAACGAGCAGGCAGUAUGGUAGAAUCGCAUUCGUGGUCACAUCCGGAC